AUGGAUGGCUCUGACUCUCCCUGUCCACCCAUGAGCACCCCCGACCCAGGCUACAGAGGCAGGAAAACCCCAGGCCCAGAAGGAGAUCCCGCCAGGGCCAAACUGAGCUGGCCCUCCUCUCACAGAGCCUCCAGCUCCCCUGCACCUGGACAGCACCAGAACUGGCUGCCCUGUCAACAUCCCGAUCCCCACUGUCGGGUCUGGGGCAGCUGCUGGCUACUGUCCCACAGCCGGCACUUCACGUCCACAUCCACCCUCACCCCCCAGCCCUUGGAGGUCCGGCGCCCAGGACCUGCACAGCCCCCUGCCUCAGAGCAGCUGAGGACAGGGGACGGGGGACGGGGCACGCUGAAAGAGAUAGGGCAGGACAAACAGGUGGAUUUCUGUUGGGAUCCUUGGCAGAGGUGCUUCCAGACAACCAACGGCUACCUGUCCAACUCCAGGUCCCGCCCUGGCAACUACAACGUGGCAGCCCUGGCCACCUCGUCCCUUGUGGGGGUGGUGCAGAGCAUCAAGGACCACAUCACAAAGCCCACGGCCAUGGCCCGAGGCCGCGUGGCCCACCUCAUCGAGUGGAAGGGCUGGAGUGCCCAGCGGGCAGGCUGGGAGCUGUCCCCAGCUGAGGACGAGCAUUACUGCUGCCUCCCGGAUGAGCUGCGUGAGGCCCGCUUUGCUGCAGGGGUCGCCGAGCAGUUUGCCAUCACAGAGGCCACACUGAGCGCUUGGUCCUCGCUGGAUGACGAGGAGCUGCACCCCGAGAACAGCCCCCAGGGCAUCGUCCAGCUCCAAGAUCUGGAGAGCAUCUACCUUCAGGACAGCCUUCCCAGCGGCCCCUCGCAGGAUGACAGCCUUCGGGCCUUCUCCUCGCCUGGCCCCUCCCCUGACAGCUGUCCCUCACCUGAGGAGCCCCCCAGCACCACUGGCAUCCCGCAGCCCCCCAGCCCAGAGCUGCAGCAUCCGUGGCAGCUGCCCGGGGCCCAAGGACCCGAGGGUGGGACCCACCUGCCGGGCUCCCUCCCCUCCAUGGACAGUGGCUCCCUCUGAGAGGAGGACGAGGUGUUCUAUAACUGAGUCGGGGGCUGUGCUGGUCCGGCACCUGCUCACACCAUGACCUCGCCUGAUGGGCAGCCCAGGCAUAUCUGGACCCCGGGGUCCAGGGCAGAGCAUCUCUUGACACCUCGGGUAGGCACAGGGUAGGUGUGGCAGGGAUGGGGCCAGCGCUCAUGGUGGCCUCUCUGUGCCUCGGUGGACCUGCCCCAGCAGUGGGAGCCAUAACCCCCUCCCCCUUCAUUACUUCACUCAGGUGGGCACCUUCCCCUGCAGGGUGUCUGCCCUCAGGGAACUCAAGGACUCUCAGAGACACCAGGGCAGCCUGGCCCAGAGGAGCAACAGCCAGGUCCCCAGGAGGACAGCCACGGACAGAACUGAGACUCACUUAGAGCGGGGUCUGGGAACCCUGCCUGUACCUGGGGUUCAGUCCCUCCCCACUCUCUCUGUGUGUCUGCCCCCCAGCAAAGGUGGGGUGACCACUUCUGGUAGCUAAGCACUUGCUCCGUGGCUCUCCUCACCAGGAUAUCUGUCUCUCUGGAGUGUCUGUCUGUCCCUCCCUCUCUGAACCUGCUUCCUCCGUGGCCCCUGCUCCUCACCCCUGGGCGCCCACUCCCCCUCCUUGCAGCUCCCUCCCAUCUCACUCAAGGUUCUGUGAGGACAUUAAAGUGGUGGAUUCACCCUGGA